UCUGACAGCUGUGACGUCAUUACAAAUUGGAAUGAUGGUGGUGGGGUUUUAAUUUUUAGUGAUGUAAAUAAUUUUGGUUGGAAUCUAUGUCAUACUUUGUUUUGUAGCCUUUGUUUAUUUUCUAUAUUCGUGCACAGAGGAAUCUGUUUUUGUGCUAAAUUUUUGUGACUGGAGCCAAACCAAUAAAAUGGACAUCGUCGAUGAUGAAUUAUAUGAUGCUGAUUCGGGAAAUGAAUCUAGCGCAGAAGAUGAGGACGAACUUUCUAUUUCUUUAGAACCAGAAUCAACAUCGAGAGAAAAAAUUGAAGCAGAAGAGUUUCAUUAUGAAGUACUUUCCACGGAGCAAAUCGUGCAACAUAUGAUAGACUGUAUUCGAGAAGUGAACACUGUAGUUCAGAUUCCGCCUACAACCACAAGAAUUUUGUUGAAUCACUUUAAAUGGGAUAAAGAAAAAUUGUAUGAAAGAUAUUAUGAUGGUGACCAAGAUGCUCUCUUUAGAGAAGCUCAUAUAAUUAAUCCUUACAAGCCACCAAAUUCAUCAUCAAAGGAUGCAAGAUUGGCUUCUAGGACAGAAGAUUGUGAAAUAUGCUUGAUGAGUAUUCCACGCACUAUGAUGACGGGCAUUGCUUGUGGUCAUCGCUUUUGCACUGAGUGCUGGAACAAAUAUCUCACAAGUAAAAUUAUGGACCAGGGCAUGUGUCAGAUCAUAGCAUGUGCUGCCCAUGGAUGUGACAUAUUAGUUGAUGAUCAAACAGUCAUGUCUCUUAUAACUGAUCCUAAAGUGAAGCUCAAAUAUCAGCAUUUAAUCACAAAUAGUUUUGUAGAGUGUAACAGGUUGCUGCGAUGGUGUCCGCAGCCUGAGUGUAACUAUGUCAUAGCUGUACAGUAUGUAGAUGCUCAACCAGUAACAUGUAUUUGUCGUCACACUUUUUGUUUUGCUUGUGGGGAGAAUUGGCAUGACCCAGUCAAAUGUAAUUUAUUGAGGAAGUGGCAGAAAAAGUGUGAUGAUGAUAGUGAAACAUCUAAUUGGAUAGCUGCUAAUACUAAGGAAUGCCCCAAAUGCAAUGCAACCAUUGAAAAAGAUGGAGGCUGUAACCACAUGGUCUGUAAAAACCAGAACUGUAAAUCAGAUUUCUGCUGGGUAUGUUUAGGACCAUGGGAACCGCAUGGCUCUUCAUGGUAUAAUUGUAAUCGUUAUGAUGAGCGUGAAGCCAAAUCAGCAAGAGAUGCUCAGGAAAAAUCUCGUGCAGCUUUGCAGCGAUACUUGUUUUAUUGCAAUCGUUACCUGAAUCAUAUGCAAAGUUUGAAGUUUGAACACAAGUUGUAUGCUUCAGUUAAGGACAAAAUGGAGGAAAUGCAACAACAGAAUAUGUCUUGGAUUGAAGUUCAGUUUCUGAAAAUUGCUGUUGAUGUGCUUUGUCAAUGUCGGCAAACAUUAAUGUAUACUUAUGUAUUUGCUUAUUACUUGAAGAGAAAUAAUCAGUCAGCAAUAUUUGAACAUAAUCAACGAGAUUUGGAAAGUGCAACAGAAACAUUAUCUGAAUAUUUGGAAAGAGAUAUCACGCAAGAAAAUCUUUUAGACAUUAAACAGAAAGUCCAAGACAAAUACAGAUAUUGUGAAAGUCGAUGCAAAGCCCUGCUUGAGCAUGUUCAUGAAGGCUAUGAGAAAGAUUGGUGGGAAUACAUUGACUGAACUCUUCUGGAAAUUUUGUAAAAAUUCUUUAAGAAGACUCAUUGCAUGAUGCCGAAUCACAACUCUCGCCGAGACCCCACGUCCAUUACAAAAUCUGUAGAAUCAUGUUACUGCCACGGACAAUAAAUUUAAUCUUUAUAUAUGUG